GCUAAACAAAACCGCAUAAAUACUCUAAGGAAGCAAGAUCCAGUGGUAGAUGCUAGUUGUGUUUCCAAGAUGACCGGCCUUUACUUGUUUGGGUUACUCCUCAUCAUUGGUCUCGCUCAGUGCGAGCCGAUCGAACCUGAGAUCGCAUAUAUCGGAGAUUCUCUUCGAGGAUCUAGAAUCGUGGGCGGCUGGGAGGCUGUGAAUGGCCAGUUUCCUUACACCGCCAGCAUUCGUGGAGUUGGGCCUACAGGAGGUGUGGCUGGAUGUACCGGCUCCAUACUCUCCAAUGAAUGGAUCCUCACUGCUGCUCACUGUCUGGCCAGCCGCUACACAUUUGUUGUCCGACUAGGACACAUAGACAUCACGACUCCAGGGUACAUGGUGGAAGCGACGGAGUGGUACGUCCACGAUGAUUACGACACAAACGACAUACAAGUGCAGACUGAUGACAUUGGAGUCAUAAAGCUGGACCGCUACAUACCAUAUGGAGACUACAUCCAGCCAAUCAGGCUACAGAGCAGUCAGCGUAACUUUGAGGAAUAUACCAACCUGCAGCUGACUCAAAGCGGGUAUGGACGUACCGACGACUGGUGGGUUGCUGGAUCCAUCGUCCCCGACGUCCUGAGGUGGACCUACCAGCUCGGCAUCUCUAUAGAGGCCUGCCGCUCCUGGUACCCGACCAGCGAGAUGAUCGAUGAUCGAAGGACCGUCUGCGCGCAGUUCUACAAUGACAUCACACAAAACCCUUGCACGGGAGACAGUGGUGGUGCUCUAACAUUGGUGGAUCUUGACGGCAAACCCACACAGAUCGGCAUCAUGAGCUUCGGAUCCUGGCGCUGCAACCAUCAGAACCCAUCAGGUCACGUCCGUCCGGAGUACUACCACUCCUGGCUGGAGAGGACCACCGGCAUCAACUUCGACUGGAACGUCGCAGACUUGAAGACCACGCCUGGUGGUAAAGACGAGAGCGAACAAAUCAGAUUUGUUGAUAACUAAAACUGUAAUAAUGUUUUAAUAAACGUAGCUAUUGCUUUGUACAAUA